CCAACUAUGGCCCUUCUGCUGCGGGCCACGACCUGGGGCCUGUGCCCUUGGAGAGGCUACAGCUCUAAGGGGGCGCAGGGCGCACUCAGCAAGGGCUUUGUGGAGGCCCUGAAGGCAGUGGUGGGCCCCUCCAGUGUGUCUACGGCUGCUGUGAUCAGAGAGCAGCACGGGCGGGAUGAGUCCGUACACAGGUGCCAGCCUCCAGAUGCCGUGGUCUGGCCCCAGAAUGUGUACCAGGUCUGCCGGCUGGCAGCCCUGUGCUACUGCCAGGGUGUGCCCAUCAUCCCCUUUGGCACCGGGACGGGGCUUGAGGGUGGAGUAUGCGCUGUGCAGGGUGGUGUCUGCAUUAACCUGACCCACAUGGACCGGAUCCUGGAGUUGAAUCUGGAAGACUUCUCAGUGGUGGUGGAGCCCGGCGUCACCCGCAAAGCUCUUAACACCCACCUGCGGGAUAGCGGCCUUUGGUUCCCUGUGGGUAGGCCUGGGACUCCCGGACCUUUCCCAGGGCCUUGGGGACUCCCUGGUAGCAGGAUUUUUUCCGGGCUUGUGGGGAAAGGGGCUCCUGCCCAUCCAGGCAGCCCUCUGCCCACACUCUGCCCUUCAGACCCAGGUGCAGAUGCCUCACUCUGUGGCAUGGCGGCCACUGGGGCCUCGGGCACCAAUGCCGUGCGCUAUGGCACCAUGCGGGACAACGUUCUGAACCUGGAGGUUGUGCUGCCCAACGGGCAGCUGCUGCACACUGCAGGUCCAGGCCGUCACUUCCGCUCCCCAGCACCAGGCCUUGGGCCAGACGUCCAUCAGCAUGUGGCCUGGGCACUCACCUGCCCUGUGUCCCCGGGAUCCAGGAAGAGUGCAGCUGGCUACAACCUCACGGCGCUCUUUGUGGGCUCCGAGGGGACACUGGGCCUCAUCACAGCCACCACCCUGCGCCUGCACCCUGCCCCUGAGGCCACGGUGGCUGCCACCUGUGCAUUCCCCAGUGUCCAGGCUGCCGUGGACAGCACCGUGCACAUCCUUCAGGCUGCAGUGCCUGUGGCCCGCAUUGAGUUCCUGGAUGACGUCACGAUGGAUGCCUGCAACAGGCACAGCAAGCUGAACUGCUCAGUGGCACCCACACUCUUCCUGGAGUUCCACGGCUCCAAGCAGGCUCUGGCAGAGCAGCUGCAGCGAGCAGAGGAGAUCACCCGGCACAACGGGGCCUCCCACUUCUCCUGGGCCAAGGAGCCUGAGGAGCGCAGCCGGCUCUGGGCAGCACGGCACAAUGUCUGGUAUGCAGUCCUGGCCCUACGGCCAGGCUGCAAGGGCUAUUCCACUGAUGUAUGUGUGCCCAUCUCCCGGCUGCCGGAGAUCCUGGUGCAGACCAAGGAGGACCUGAAGGCCUCGGGACUCACAGGAGCCAUUGUUGGGCAUGUGGGUGAUGGCAACUUCCACUGUAUCCUGGUGGUAGACCCAGAGGACCCUGAGGAGCUCCACAGGGUCGAGGCCUUUGCACAACACCUGGGCAGGCGGGCACUGGCACUCCACGGGACAUGCACUGGGGAACAUGGGAUUGGGCUGGGCAAGCGGCAGCUGCUGCAGGAGGAGGUAGGCGCUGUGGGUGUGGAGACCAUGCGGCAGCUCAAGGCCAUGCUGGACCCCCGAGGCCUCAUGAACCCAGGCAAGGUGCUGUGAGGGGUUGCAAGUACUCAGCCUAUCAGCCCCCUGACCAUGGAGCCUCCUCUGUCCCAGAAGCUUCCUUCAUCCUCAAGCAGCCCUCUGCCUUUGCCCAGACCCUGCACGAGGUGGGCAGCAGCUGGUGCCUCUUUGCCAGCCAGCCAGCCAGCCAGCCAGCCAGCCUUCUGUAUUUAGGCCUAAGUUGGGUUGGGGGAGCCUGGGUCCUUGGCUCCUCCCUGGCCUUCUUACUGUUCUGGUGGGGGGGGCCUUUUGUCUAGUAAAUGACUCAGAGUCAUUCCUGAGAAGCUGCCUGUCUGCUCGUACACAUCCUGCCUUGGCUGGGGAAGAUGGGAUGGGUCCACGUCCAGGCCUGAGACGACUCCCCUCUGAAUGGGCCUCCCACUGCCGGGGGCCAGGGAUAAGCCGAGGGGACCCAGCAACCUGAGAUCUACACCUGGUGACAGGAACAUCUUCCUGGUGUGGGAAGAAACUCCUCUUCCAUCCCACAUAGAUAGUUAUCCUUCAGUUGAAUCCAAAUCUAAAUAAACCUGAACCCCAUUUGCAGCUGCUGGGAGCCUAGCGGGGCAGCCCCUGCGUAUUGCCCUUCCGUAUUCACCCUCCCCUCCUCCUCCAGGUUGCACGUCUUUUGGCCAGUAGUGCCCUUGUCCCAGGCCUGUCCCUGCCUUUGCAGCCUGUGGUGGGGGAGGGUACCCAGGCCACAGAGGAAGGGUCACUUGAGGGACCUGGGUCCCUGUUUCAACUAGUCCACCUGUGAGCACCUCAGGGCCUGAGGACUUUGCUGUGGCAGACAUCACGUACGGGGACAAACGCCCACACCAAGCCAUAACCCAGCCUUAGAAUGCUCUGAGCACGUCCUCUAAGCUGCUGCUACCCAUCAUUAGAUACGGAAGUGAAAUUAUCCUCCCCGUACCAUGCCUCUCCAGGGAGUAGGACCUCGUACUACCAGCUUUUUUGCUCUCAGUCAGGGCCUGUUCCUCUUGGCCUGCUGGUCUGGGGAUUGUCCUCUGGCCUCAGUUGUUCCCUCAUCUGGCCUACUUGGUGGCUGUUCCCCCAAAGCCCACGAGAGGGCACCCAUCACCACAAAAACUCAGAUACACAGCCUCUACUCUUGGCAGCUGCUGCCCAGAACUUGAACUUUCCGGGGCCUGUGGCGCUCAGCUCUGGGCCCCAUCCUGGCUCUCCUACUACCCAGGGCCAGGGAGAGGCAUGGUGUCCUGGAAGCCAACCUCCAGACCUUCACACCCCCUGCAGUGCCCUUCCAUCUCC